AUGGCCAAAACAGUGUUCAGCUAUGUGAUAAGAAUCCUAGUCAUGCUCGCAACUCUUAUAGCAGCUAUUGUAAUGGGUACAAGCCAUGAAUCGGUUGACAUGAUCACUUUCACCUUCGAAGCAAAGAUCAGCAAUUGGCCGGUUCUGAAGUACUUUGUCAUUGUAAAUUACAUAGCAGCUGGUUAUAACUUACUUGUUCUGUUCCUUCCCUCUGGUAGUAAGCAAUGGCGAUUAAUUGUGGUCUUGGAUAUGAUUAUGGUUUUGGUAAUCGCUUCAGGGUGUUUCUUAGCGGGUGAGGACCUUUAUAUAAUGAAAAAAGGGAAUGCACAUGUAGGCUGGACAGCCAUCUGUGGCCUAGUCCCCGCUUUCUGCAACCAUCUAACCGGAGCUCUUGCCGUUGGUGCACUUGGAGCCAUAGUCCAGAUUUUGCUCACUUUGUAUACCUACCAUGUUAUUAUCAAUCCUCUACUCAUGUAGCACAAGGUUUUUAUUAUUUUUAUUUUUUUAAUUUAAUUUGGAGAAAUAUUGAGUUUAAACUCAUGCGGGGGAGAAUAUUAAUGGUUGUAUGGUACUUGAAAUUCAUUGUUAGUGUUUAUAGAAUUAUGCAUGACGUUUGACA